CAGGAAAAAAAACACGCCACCAAAAACAUCAGCGUAAGCGCCUUGAGGAAAACGAGUCCCGGGAGCCAUGUCAUGAAUUCUGUUCCACGUUUUACUGCCAGUCAGUUGUGCUUGCUGGCACAAUGCUGCUUAUACUAGAAGAGAAACGAGGGUAUAGCCGAGAAAGGAGAGGGUAGAGGAUGAAUGCUUCUCGCGUUGUUGGGAUGACCGUGAGAGGGAGAGCGUGAACAAGACCGGGACCAAAAAUUAUUCACUGGGAUAAACACUGCAGAUACGGUACCGAAAACAAUAGCACUUCACCAUGACCGGAUAACGAGCGGACCUCGCUGCAGCCUACGCACAGGCACAAUGGGGGCGAAGACGCUCACUUUGCCGAGGAUACGAUGUUGCUGGAAUAUUUCUUUGCGAUGAUCCGGACAUCGCUGUACUAGAGCUGGGAAUCAGGGGGAAAUUCGGACCGUCUUAGUUGUGGAUCAUAUAUCUUGUGUUGCUUGUAGUCACUAAAACAAAGACCUCAAAUUGAUGUUUUGGUGUCCGUAUACGUCACUGUACAUGGUUUAGAUUAGGAAUACCCGGGAUAUGAAUGAGAAUUCAUUUUACGUGGAUGCAUCGGUUUUCUUGUUCUGUUCGUAGCACGAUUGCAGGGUAUUUACCUGGAUUUACUCACAUUCCAUUUUUUACUCGAAAUACGGAACCUAGUGAUCUUUUUUAUUGGUAUUUGAAAGAGGGAAAAAUCAUUGUACUAUCGCUACUGCAUAUUUGAAUCUUUAAAAAAAUGAUUGCUUGCAUUGCCUGCGCACGGACCCGUUUUCAGUAGGCUAAUCUUAUGUUUAGCCAAAGUGACGCGUCUUUAUUUCUUUGUUUCUUUUUAAAAUUUUUGACGCUGAAGAAUGUACCCUCUGGACGGUGGUUACACCGAUAACAUGGAGCGGGGAACACCACAAAGGAAGACCGUUUACCGGAUCUCCCUCACGCUGGUGAAAAAGGAGAGCUUGCAGGAAUUGGAUAGGGCCAGCAACAACACGGCGCAUCGGCGCCUCGAGAACCCCAUAGUGGGCGCUUUCCGGCAUGAGGCCACCCCGGAGAUCCAGAAGAGCUGCCUGCUGGAGGAGCUCAAGGAGGUGGAGGACGAGACGGACGAGUUUUCCUCGCGAAACUACAUGAGAAAUUUCAGGACGUUUAGCACCGGACAGCUGGAACUAGGGAGGCUCAAAAUAUCCAAAAAGACUCACCACAUCCGCAAAGACUUGUCAUUUGAAUUGAAGGACACCUGCGCAGGUGAUUCGACUGGACAGUGCGGGAGUGAGGAAGAUCGCGACUCGGGACAGCAUGUGAACAUAGUCGGCUCCGUACCACAGAGUAAAAGAAACGCACAGGGUAACAGAGACGUCGAGAGGCUGAAAAGGGAUAUUUGCCCCGUUGGGAUGCAGGAAGCACAGAAAACCACUGCUACCAGAGAGGGAAACACUGGCACUAAAGAGAAAAGGGAUGACACAGUUUCAGGAAGCACUAAAGACUACAGUACUGUAUGUACGGGUGAGACUCUCACAGAGAGGGAGAGCAGGGACUCUCAAAACGAGACACAGAGGGAAAACGGCCCCUGUCCCGCCGCGGGGGGCUCCCCAUCGCUCGCCCCGAAAGGGAGCGGCGACAGCAAAUCAGGUAAGCCCGUACCCGAGACCCCGCCUCUCAAACGGCACCCCAGCGUGCUCCGGAGGAGCUUCAGCUUCCGGCACUGGACGGGCGGGGAGCUGCUGCGCAUCCGGGCCCUGUCCAAGGAGAAGCACCACAGCAGCUCCAGCUGCAUCGGCCAGGGCGCCGAGCCCAAGGGCCCCGCGCUGGACGGCAGCGGGAGCCCGCCAGGCGCCGGCGAGGCGCUGAGGGAGCGGGAGCUGAGCCGGGCGGAGCGGGCCAAGGGCCGGAACCGGACCCUGGACAACAGCGACCUGCACAAGAUCUCGGAGAAGACCCUGGAGGAGCAGGAGCGGCUCCUGAGGGGCGGGCCCCGCUCGGGGCUGCACGAGGGCCGGCUGCUGCGCUUCUUCAGCGGGAUCUUCUCCCGGAGGGACGCCACCUCCACGCCCGUCUCCCACCCCAACUGCUCCCUCCGCCAGGGCAGCGCCAAGCGGGGGCUGCUGGGCUCCCAGAAGCGGGGCAUCCUGGGCGGCUCCCAGUCCAGCACGGAGAGCAUGAACCGAUGUCCGCUCGAGGACGCCUUCGUGAACAGCCAGGAAUGGACCAUGAGUCGCUCGGUACCCGAGCUCAAAGUGGGGAUUGUGGGUAACCUGGCCAGCGGGAAGUCGGCAUUAGUGCACAGGUACCUGACCGGUACUUAUGUGCAAGAAGAGUCCCCAGAGGCUGACGUGGAUGCAGGAGGACGCUUCAAGAAGGAGAUCGUCGUGGACGGCCAGAGCUACCUCCUGCUCAUCAGGGAUGAAGGGGGCCCUCCAGAGGCACAGUUUGCCCUGUGGGUCGACGCGGUCAUCUUCGUGUUCAGCCUGGAGGACGAGAUCAGCUUCCAGACGGUCUACCACUACUACAGCCGCAUGGCGAACUACCGCAACACCGCCGAGGUGCCCCUGGUGCUCGUGGGUACGCAAGACGCCAUCAGCGCCGCCAACCCGCGCGUGAUCGACGACACGCGGGCGCGCAAGCUGUCCAACGACCUGAAGCGCUGCACCUACUACGAGACCUGCGCCACCUACGGGCUGAACGUGGAACGCGUCUUCCAGGACGUGGCCCAGAAGAUUGUGGCGACGCGGAAGAAGCAGCAGCUGUCCAUUGGGCCCUGCAAGUCCCUCCCCAACUCGCCCAGCCACUCCUCCGUUUGCUCCGCCCCCGUCUCCGCCGUGCACAUCAGCCAGACGAGUAACGGAGGGGGCAGCCUCAGUGACUACUCCUCCUCGGUGCCCUCCACCCCCAGCACCAGCCAGAAGGAGCUGCGCAUGGACGUGCCGCAGACCACCAACACCCCCACGCCCGUGCGCAAGCAGUCCAAACGCCGCUCCAACCUCUUCACCUCUCGGAAAGGGAGUGAGCCAGACAAGGAGAAGAAAGGGCUGGAGGGCCGGGCGGACAGCAUCGGGAGCGGGCGCGCUAUCCCAAUUAAACAGGGAAUGCUUCUAAAGCGCAGUGGCAAGUCCCUAAAUAAAGAGUGGAAGAAGAAAUACGUGACCCUGUGCGACAACGGCGUGCUCACCUACCACCCCAGCCUGCACGACUACAUGCAGAACAUCCACGGUAAAGAGGUGGACCUCCUGCGCACCACUGUGAAGGUCCCGGGCAAGCGGCCCCCCCGCGCCGUGUCCACCUGCUCCUCCGUGUCCAGCCCCAAAACCAACGGGCUCGCCAAGGACAUGAGCAACCUGCAGCUGGGCCAGAACCAGGCAGGCUCAGUGACCAGCAGCUCCUCGGCCUCCCAGAUGGCCAGUGGGAUCAGCCUGGUGUCCUUCAACAGCCGGCCCGACGGCAUGCACCAGCGCUCCUACUCCGUGUCCAGCGCUGACCAGUGGAGCGAAGCCACGGUCAUCGCCAACUCCGGCAUCAGCACAGACACAGGUCUUGGGGAGUCUCUGUGCUCCAGCCCCAGUAUCUCUGGCACCACCAGCCCCAAGGUGGACCCCCCACCCUCCCCCCACGCCAACCGCAAGAAGCACCGUCGGAAGAAGAGCACCAGCAACUUCAAGGCAGACGGCAGCUCCGGCACAGCGGAAGAGCAAGAGGAGAACUUUGAGUUCAUCAUCGUGUCCCUGACGGGCCAGACGUGGCACUUUGAGGCGACGUCGUAUGAAGAGCGGGACGCCUGGGUGCAGGCCAUCGAGAGCCAGAUCCUGGCCAGCUUACAGUCCUGCGAGAGCAGCAAGAACAAGUCACGGCUCCCCAGCCAGACGGAGGCCAUCGCUCUCCAGUCCAUCAGGAACCUGAGAGGGAACUCCCACUGCGUCGACUGCGAGGCCCAGAAUCCUGAUUGGGCCAGCCUGAACCUGGGCGCCCUGAUCUGCAUCGAGUGCUCGGGGAUCCACCGGAACCUGGGGACGCACCUGUCGCGCGUGCGCUCGCUGGACCUGGACGAGUGGCCCCUGGAGCUCAUCAAGGUCAUGUCCUCCAUCGGCAACGAGCUGGCCAACAGCGUGUGGGAGGCCAACGCCCAAGGCCGCAUCAAGCCAGCGCCUGACAGCAGCAGGGAGGAGCGGGAGCGCUGGAUCCGGGCGAAGUACGAGCAGAAGCUCUUCCUGCCGGGGCUGUCCUGCUCGGAGAUGGCGCUGGGGCAGCAGUUGCUCCGGGCGACGGCGGAAGAGGACCUGCGCGCCGUGGUCCUGCUGCUCGCCCACGGCUCCCGCGACCAGGUCAACGAGACGUGCGGCGAGGGCGACGGCAGAACCGCGCUCCACCUGGCCUGCCGCAAGGGCAACGUGGUCCUCACGCAGCUCCUCAUCUGGUACGGUGUGGACCUGAUGGCCCGGGACGCCCACGGCAACACGGCGCUGGCGUACGCGCGGCAGGCCAGCAGCCAGGACUGCGUGGACGUGCUGCUGCAGUACGGCUGCCCGGACGAGCGCUUCGCGCUCAUGGCCACGCCCAACCUGGCCCGCAAGAACAACAACCGCAACAACAGCUGCAGCAGCACGGGCAGCAGCGUGGGCAGGAUGCCCACCAUCAUCUGACACGCCUCCCCCUCGCCGCACGCCCCUUCCCUGUCCCCUCUGUCAGGCGGUGCUGCCCCCUGGCGGCGGCCUCCGGCGCUGCAGCACCCGGACUCCUCGCUCUUCCUCCACUAGUCAGUCACCCCAGAGAGGUUCUGGAAACUUCUGAAUAUUUAUCACAGAACGAACACAAGUAAGCAACACUAUUUUAGAGGGGCAAUAAAAAAAGAAGAGCGAUACAUGGAGAUUUUGGAACCACUACGUAAGUGGUCCCUUUGAGGACCCCCCCCCCCCCACCUCUCGAAAAGCCACUUUGACUUCUCCUACCCUCGCCCCCCCUUAUAAAAUGACUGGCAUUCUUGUUUAGGUCGUAGCUUUGUUCUUCAUUCCGUCUUGGUCCUGGCGGGGUGGGGUGGGGCGGGGUGUGGCCGGAAGAAUCCGGAAUCUUACCCGCAGGGUCUCAGGGUCGCGAUCGCGGGACGUCGAAGGGGGAUCGGCCCCGCCCUCGCGAAACGCCCGGCGCUGGGUCCAGCGUGAUCGCGGGAGGAGAGGACCGCCCCCCGUCACGCACCCGCAGAUAUCCGCCUCGCCCCGCGCCCUGGGGGGGGGGCGCGGCCGGUUCGGCUGGGGGCGGGGUCGCUGGGGCGGGGAGGUCGAGCGUCCAUCUGCAGGAAUGUCUGCGACGGACGGCGUGCCAUGGAAGCGGGGGCCCCGACUCAAACUGCGAGUUGCCCCGCCCCCCCCCCCCCCCCCCCCCCCUUACUUUCACAGAGCACCCACCUGUGUUUACGCCUGAAGCAGCACCACACCCACAGGAGCCCGGGGCGGGGCUCAGGGCGGGGGUCAGUAGGGGGUUGGGGGUUUUUUUUGGUCGUGUGAAUAGUGUCACAAGUAGCAAGUAGAGCUGAGGUGCUGUUUUAAGAGGGGUGUCCUGGGAAGACCCGUACCGGAUCAUUCCCGGACCGAGUUCUGUGUCCACACGUUUUCUCCCUCGUUCUCUCCCUCAAUUACUAACCGUCUCCCUCUGCCUCCUCUGUUUCCUUCCUUUCCUCCCCCCCCCGUGCAUUCUGUUUAUCAUCAGUUAUCAGUCCGUUUUCUCCACUCAGUCCCUGUAUUUGCAUCCAUUAACUUAUCAUGUUUUUUUUCUCCUUUGUGCUGUUUGAAGCUCUUUUUUAAAGGCAUGUAAAAAGUUAUCUUGAUGUAAAACCCUUUAGGGAAAAAAAGAGAAAUAUUAGGCAUUUCUUUGUUAAAAAAAAAAAAAAAGAAAGAAAAAAGUGUGAAUGCAUGACAGACACUUUCUUUUGUGAUGAAAACAAGAUUGUUCAUUGUGUUGGGAAUUCAAUCUUUCGCCCUUUACUGGACCAAUGGAUGAAGUUCAGGUUCCAUACCGUGCCAUGUAAAAAAAAAAAAAAAAAGAAAAAGAAAAUAACGCAACUCUUAAAAUUUUAAAUUAUUUAUGGGUUCAGGGACCGGAAUCUGUCAAAUUCAGUUCAUCACUAGCGUUGUGUUCCACCUGACCACAGACCCACGGAGUUCUCCCCUUGCACAGUCAUGCACAAAUGCUGAAAGAGCAUGUUCUGAAUAUUAUAAUGUGGUGGUGAUGGUGGUAAUAGUAGUGAGUAUAAUAUAUAAACUAUUACAACUGUGCUUU